CAGAAGAUUUAGCAACACCAAGCAGAGACACAGGAAGCAUGUAUUCAAUAUUUAUCAAUGAAUAAUUACGGUUGCAACAAACAAAAGCAGCCAAAAAACAUUGGAAACAUUUAAUCCAAACACACUUUUUCCAAGGUCUUUCUGCCAGUGGCAUCCUCGUCUUGCAGUCACUACCUCCAUUGGUAAAAACUAGAAAGUCAAAAUCCAACAUGGCAACGAAAGUUUUAGGAUUACACAAAAAUUGUAUUGCAAAUAAGCGUUUGACGAUCAAUUUGGCGAACACUUGCAAGGCUAGACGACAAAUACACAGCAGAGAAAUCAAGCCUCAGCCACAUAAGAUUCAGUUGGCUUCUGAAAUUAGAAAUUUAUUCCAUGAAAAUGAAAUGGUCGCAGUUCUUGGUUACUAUGAUAUGAAAUCUAUUGAGUGGAAUGAAGUGAUUUUUGAAGCAGGAAAAAAUGAUAUUAAACUACGCUUUUUACCAAAUAAAAUAGUUCAUCGGGCACUGGAUAGCACAGGUUAUGUAAACAUGUCACCACUCUUCAUUGGCAGUACAGCUGUUGCCUAUUCAAAAGACAUACAGUUAAAAGGACUUCUUCAAACUGUAAAAAAUCAAAGGAAAGUGCAGUUGCUUGGUGCAAAAAUAAAUGAUCGCCUGUUUGGAAUUGAAAAGCUUACUUGGGUGGCAAAAUUACCUUUGCUAGAACAACUGCAUUGUGAAAUCUCAAUGUCUUUAUCACAGCCAUUGCAGACUCUAAAACAGACAUUGUCAAGAAAUCAGCAGCUAUUGAGCCAAAAUUUACAAUUGCUCACAAGUGCAGAGAAUAGCUAGACAGUACUUUAAUCAAAUCAAUUUUAAUUGGGAAUCAUUGAAGAUUUGCCCUGACAUUGUGGUAGCCAGUGCUGAUAUAUAUCAGACUGAAUAAUCAUUCAUGUAACAUAACAACUUGCAUUCACACAAGAUGCAAGUAUUGUUAUAAAGAAUAUUUGUGAGAUCUAGAAUGUCAUUAUUUUUUUGUAUGAUAUCUAGUAUGUUUCCAUUUAAAUCAUCCAAGCAAAUGUGCAAUAGAUUCCGAAUAAUCAAUCUAAUUAAAGAAGCUACAGAAGAAAGGCUUCAGUACAAUAAAAUGGAAAAAAUGUUACAUAUUUAUGAAUAAAAGCAUGAAAAAGG